AUGUUGAACAGUUUAUUUUUUGUAAAUACUAGUGGUGAUGUAUUACUUGAAAAACAUUGGAAAUCGGUUAUUCAUCGGUCCAUUUGCGAUUAUUUUUUCGAUAUUCAAAAAAAGAGUCACCAACCCGAAGAUGUGCCGCCGAUAAUUUCAACUCCUCAUCACUACCUGAUAAAUGUUUAUCAGAAUAACUUGUACCUUGUAGCAGUGAUAACUGUUGAAACUCCUCCAUUGAUGGUGAUUGAGUUUCUGCAUCGUGUCAUUACAACAUUUGCCCAAUACUUUGACGAAUUCUCCGACUCCUCCAUCAAAGAGAAUUGUGUGAUGGUAUUUGAGCUUCUCGACGAAAUGCUUGACAAUGGAUUCCCAUUAGUGACCGAGAUGAAUAUUCUUCAAGACUUGAUCAAACCGCCCAACUUCCUUCGAAAUAUUGCAAAUCAAGUGACUGGCAGGACAAACCUUUCGGAAACACUGCCCACCGGGCAACUAUCGAAUAUUCCAUGGAGACGUCAAGGAGUGAAAUACACGAAUAAUGAAGCAUACUUUGAUGUGAUUGAAGAGAUUGAUGUGAUUGUGGACAAACAGGGAUCGACGGUUUUCGCAGAGAUUCAGGGAUAUGUUGAUGUAUGCUGCAAGCUCUCUGGUAUGCCGGAUCUCACAAUGACACUCAUCAACCCACGCCUUCUUGACGAUGUUUCAUUCCAUCCAUGUGUUCGAUACAAGCGUUGGGAGAAUGAGAAGGUUUUGUCGUUCGUCCCUCCAGAUGGCAACUUCCGUCUGCUUUCCUACCACAUCGCUGCUCAAAACAUGGUCGCUAUUCCAAUCUACGUCCGACAAGUCAUCUCUCUGAAGCCAAACGCUGGAAAGUUAGAUCUCACCGUUGGACCAAAGUUGAGCAUGGGCAAAGUGCUCGAAGACGUGGUUCUGGAGAUCACCAUGCCAAAAUGUGUACAAAACUGUAAUUUGGUGGCAAGUCAUGGUAAGAUUGCGUUCGAUCCGACGACUAAGUUGAUGCAAUGGACGAUUGGAAAGAUUGAAGUUGGAAAGCCAUCGACAUUAAAAGGGUCUAUUGCUGUCAGCGGAACAGUUGUGCCAGAGAGCCCGUCGAUCUCGUUAAAAUUCAAAAUCAACCAGUUGGUACUUUCUGGAUUGAAGGCACAAGCCACCGGAAAGGAGCUCAUUGAAACACUGAAAUUCAAACCGGAUUUGAUCACCAAAGCGUCAAUUAUUAGAGAACAUGAGGAGCUUAACGACAAUUUCCAUCAACCAAAUAACAGAGAGGGACUCACUCAAUUGGCUUAUAUCACACCGUGGAAUAAUAAAGGAUACUCAUUGGCUGAGAAGACCGCUCACAAACUCACUCAUGUCUCCCCAGUAUGGUUUCAAGCCAAGGCAUCAAAGGUCGAUGGAAAACUCAUUACCUGUAAAAUUGAGGGAUCUCAUGAUAUCGAUCGAGACUGGCUGGAGAGACUUCGGGAGAAAAAUGAAAAAAUCAAGAUUGUUCCGAGAAUCCUUUUUGAUGGAUGGAGUGCCGACGACAUGAAGGACCUUCUGAUGAAUUCGCAGCUCUCGAGAAGUUGCUUUGUGGAUAUCGCCAAUUUUUACAGCAGAAACCAAUUCGAAGGUGCCAUCGUGGAAAUCUACAUGCAAGCCUUAAUUUCCGUCCAAUCUCUUCAAAUUAAAGAAUUUGUCAUUGAAAGUAUGCAAGACUUGUCGAAACAGUUCAAAAAGUUGCACAUGGAACUGAUCCUCACCGUUCCAGCACCGCUAGAGUGGAAUAAUCAGCCAAACAACUUGGUUACACCGGACGAGUUCAAAAAACUCACAGAAGUCUCCGACUUUGUGCAGAUAAUGACUUAUGACUACCAUGGUAAUAAGCCAGCUGGUGUGGCCCCAUAUGACUGGUUCGAAAACUGCGUUUUCUACUUGGGAACUGGUCCGAAAACGCUUGCUGGUCUCAACUACUACGGGUACGAGUUUUCCAAAGGAAAAAUGGAAGCCGUCACCUCCGAUAGAUAUCUCAAGGUACUCAAAUCUGACCAGACCACACUCUCAUUUGACGAGACAUCAAUGGAGCAUAAGUUGAAAACCCCAACCUCCGUGAUUUACUACCCAACGCUGACUUCUCUCGAGCUCCGCAUCAAUAUGGCCCAUCGCUACGAAAUGGGAAUCGCUAUCUGGGACUAUGGGCAGGGUCUUGACUACUUCUCAAACCUUUUGAUUUAA